GUUGAAAAAUUUUUAAUAAUGGAGAACAUUGAUGAGAUUGAAGUAUGUCAGAAUGUGGAACCCCACGAAGUGGAGGAAACCGUUAAAUCAAAGGCGGUGGUGAAGUUUUCUCAGGUGCAAGUGCCUGCAAAAUUCAAUCGUUUAGAGUGCAACACGAAUUUAAAUUUGCCUCCAUCAAAUUGGUUGACAAGUGCAGAUAACAGCUAUGGAUUACAUCAGGCUUUGUAUCACUCACCUGGAUUUGCAAGCUUUCGUAUGGCUCAUAUGUUUCCGGACUGCGUUGGUGAAGUAGAUGUAGUGGCCGAUGCUGAGAAUAUCAAGAAGUUACUAAAACUGCCGUAUACUACUAAAGGGGCAAUUAGUAUGAUUGUUCACAAAGUCGGUAAUACAUUGCUAUUGGAUGAAUUUGAUAUACAAAAAUAUUUGCUACGGAAAGAAGAUGAUGACUGGAAGUGGUUGAGAACAUUUAUAUUAGAACAAAUAUUAGCGUACGAGGAGGGAGUUCACACUGUUUGCCUAAAAGAUAAAUCGCGAGAGGCUAUACAAACAAAAAAUCUACUUUCGAAAUUCUUGUAUUAUUCUCUUAAACAAUCAGAUAGUGAUGAAACUGAUGAUGAAGAUGCCAACGCAAGUGUAUAUUGCGAAGACAAGAAUUUGUCCAUAACUGCACCCGUGCUACCGGAACCUAAGAUCGAAGAGAACGUGCCCGAUCCAGCCUCGUCUCAUGUAUUCCAACGUAAUGUGGUCUGGACAUUUGAAGAUAUACGUAUGUUGAUUGGCACCGACAUGCCAAUAUUUGGUGGUCCAAAUAGGCCGUGCAUCAGCUUACGUCUCAGGGAUAUGGCUAAGCCUAUAAAUGUGUUGACUGGCAUUGAUUACUGGCUCGACAAUCUUAUGUGCAAUGUACCGGAGGUGGUUAUGUGCUAUCACCUCGACGGCAUCGUACAGAAAUACGAGAUUAUAAAAACUGAAGACUUGCCUUAUUUAGAGAACUCUCAGUUCUCACCACAAGUAAUACGCAACGUAGCACAAAAUAUUUUGGCUUUUCUAAAAGCCAAUGCUACCAAAGAAGGACACACUUACUGGUUGUUUAAGGGACGUAAUGAUGAUGUAGUUAAAUUAUAUGAUCUCACUACACUCUGUAAAAAUCAAACCAACGACGAAUGUGACGAAAAACACGGUAACCCUUUCACAGUGCCUGUCGGCAUGUUGCUCUAUACGGUUGCUCGUAACAUGAAAAAGCGUUGUACUCAGAUUUCCUCUAAAACGGCAGGUAAUAUACGGGCUCUUUUAGACAAUUGUAUUAAGCUUUUACCCAAAGAGAAAUAUCCGCAAAUUGUUACUUCAUCGCAUUACAUAUUGUCGGACUUGCACAUACCGGUGGGAACAGAUCCAAAUAGUCCACAAUUUGAAGUCAAUGAAACUGACUCUGAUUUGCAAUCGGUAUUCGAUGAAGAAGACGAUGAUGAUUAUAAUAGCACAGAUGAAAAUGAAGAGUAUUUUAGUUUUCAGGAACUAGGUAUAGAACAUAAUGUUGCCGUCAAAAAUAUAUGCGAGACUUUGAAAGAAUUUCAUUUUGAGAAGUUGCCCAAAAGUGGGAAACAUCGGCCCGCGCCUUUGGUCACUGAUACUGAGGAACGUUGUAUAAUGGCUUUGAAGCAUGUUAGUCAGGGAUUAUCUUGUUUACAAUUUUUCGAUUCUAGCGAAGAGAAAUUUAUUAAGGAGAGCGAAACGCGAGCUAAGGAUGAAGAAAAACAAAGAAUCUUGCAUGAAGAACAAAAUCCCAAUAUGGCCAAGCCAUUUAAACCAAUACCGUUGCCUUAUGAGAGUAUAAGUACUCAACAAAUGAAAAUGUCUGCUUCCAGUAAUGAGGAUACGGAUCAGGAAGAAGAGAUACAGGCCAUAUAUGAUGGAAGAAAAAAGUUUAAAUCCAAGAAGGCAAAUACUAAAGAAAUAAAACCUUGUCAUGAGCCUCCGUUACUAAUAAAACAAUUGCAAGAUCCUAAACAAGUUGCAGAAAAUUUCAAUUCGCAACACUUUGGUUCCUGGAAUGUUCACUUAAAAUUAUUGCUAUUUGAAAAGGCUUGUCUCGCUUAUGCUACUUUUGCUGAAUUUAAUUAUUUGGAUCAAAAAUUUGGUGCAAGCUUGAAAGCUAUUUAUACGUCCUGUCGUUGUCAAGAGGUCAUACUUAAAUACAUGAGUUCCAGAGUUUCACAGAAAAGUUGCUUACUGGGACGGGCCGGCGAUUAUUUUUUUCAAAUGGCUAAAAAUUGGCAUAACAUUGACGAAUAUUUAAGGCAAUACUAUGACGUUUUGGACAUUGAAGAGAAUAUUUUAGAAGAAUUGGAAAAGGAAUCAGAAGAUGGUGAUGAUUUAGGUGAGCUCAUAAAGCCACAACGAAAUCUCGAACAUCUCAUGGUUUCCAGUUGCACUUGUUAUGAACGUGCCUUGAAAUUAAUGGAAGAUUCUCAUUACUCAGUGAAUUCUAAGGAAACAUCACAUGAACUACUUAGACGGUUGGGUAAUGUGCGUAACGAAUUGGGUUUGAAGUAUAUGUAUUGGGCUCAGGAAGAAUAUGCCAAAGCUAACGCAGAAAAUAAUAAUGACCUCGAUGAUCACGAAAGUGUUCAUAACUCUCCAGCCAAAGUCAAAAUGGAUUCUGCCGACAGCAUGUAUAUAAAAUUAGCCAUGAAGUCUUAUGAUAGCUUAAUGCGUGGCAUAAACGCUUUCAGUUUGGUGCAUGAUAAUGUUAAUCUAGCAUUCUUAUAUUGCAAUAUGGGGCGUUUUAUGCGUUUUAGGGCGCAUCUUUUCUUGUCUAGCGAAAGCAUUAGUUUUGUGCAACAGCAAAAAACUUUUUACAACGAAGCGUUUGCCUAUUAUGAGAAGGCCCACGAUGUUUUGGGAUCACGUAAAUCAAACCCAGAACUAUGGGACUUAGUCAAUUGGGAAAUGUCAACCGCCACUUUUACUUUGGCGAAGCAAAUGCAAGAUUUUAGUACUGCAGAUGAGGCUAUGAUUGCCGAUCUGGAAAAGGAAGUAUUGAAUCUUUUGCAAAAAUCGUUAAAAUUUUGCGAUGUUGAGCACCAGGGAACAAGACAAGUGUUAUACACUUAUCGCUCCGGUUUGAUUCAUAAGAGAAUUGCUUCAUUCCACUAUAGCCAGUUGCGCAAUAACUUUGCUGAGACGGGCACUUUGUCGAAAACUACUUUGCAGUUAUGCAGAUAUCAUUAUGAGAAAGCGGCUUAUACUUUGAACGCACUUAGAGAAACAAGCGAUUAUUUGGUGGUACAGUUGGAGCGCAUAUCGUUGCAAGAAUUCUUAGCAGAAAAUUCUUCACACGCCUCACAGAAAAUCAAACAUUUCCAAAUGGCUUUAGAAACCUGCUUCGAGUCAAAAUCUAUAUUCGACAACGCUUUAACUAAUCUUAAUACCGCCUCAGACGGAACACAAAGCAUUAGUAGUAAUGAAACGGAGUUCGUUAAGCACAUGCUACUGUUCGAAAAUCGCUUGCAAUUUAUAUUGAAAACUUUAAUAAAAUUGCUCCUAACGGGAAAGGAUCCAAAGUAUAAGGCUGAACUUUAUAAAAAAAUGUAUAUGGAAACUUUGACGGUAACCGAUGGUCAAAAAGAUACCGAUUGUCCCGAAAUUUUGGCACAAAAAUUUGUUUCGCUUUUAGAAAAGCUUUUAAAUAUAGACCGAAGUUGUGCAAUUAAUAAUAGCGGUAAUAAUACUGUCGUUAAACGUUUAGCUUGAUAUUAUUUGCGUUUUUUAAAUGAAUUGCUUUUGUUAUGAACGAGAAUAUUUAUUAUUAACAAUAUACAUGUUGGCAAGAAUCGUACAAUAUUUUGUAUUCAUUUCUCUAAUAUAAUUGUAUACCCUUUGUAUUCAUCUCCAAAUGAUGAACGAGUGUCACAUCUGACUACAUUAAGGUAGUCGCAUAGCAUCUAUUCUGUUUAUCUUAUACAUUAAUGAUCCAUUAAAUAUUAUAAUAAU